AUGCAGCUCCUUCUGCUGGCUCUGUCCCUCGUGGGACUGAGCACGGCCCAAGAGAUGGGGAAGCGAGGACAAAAAAAGAGUGCCAUGAGCUUGUGGUAUGAAGCCUACAACGAUGAUCUGGCACGCUACACCGUCCUUGCCCUUGGCUGUGCUGCCGCCGCAUAUUAUGUCUGGUCCCUCGCCUGGCGAUUCUCUCAUCACCUGCGACGACUGGCCAGCUUCACCGAUGACAAGCAGAAGUACUUUGUGCCAGCUCACGACAGAUUCUGCUGGCUUAAGGAGCACUUGAUCUAUGCUCCGCUGUUCCGGACCCGCCAUAACCGCGAGUUCCAGCUCUCGUCGGCUAUCAACAUGGGUAAUCUUCCCAGCCGCUUCCACGGUCUGCUUGUUGUCGGUGUGAUUACCAUGAAUGUCGUUCUCUGCACGGUGACUACCCCUUAUGCCUCCGAGGAGGAUACCCUGGCAGGUAUUGUUCGGAACCGUACCGGCACUAUGGCUACUGUCAACCUGAUUCCGCUUAUCAUCAUGGCUGGCCGUAACAACCCCCUGAUUGCUAUGCUGCACGUUCCCUUCGACACAUGGAACCUCCUUCACCGCUGGCUGGGCCGUAUUGUGGUGCUCGAGGCUCUCGCGCACACGUUCGCCUGGGCGAUCCCCAAGGGGCAGGAAGCCGGCUGGAAGAUUGUUGCAACAAGCCUCUCUUCCAGCAGCUUCCUCCUCGCCGGCUUGGUGGCCACAGCUGCAUUCACAGCGCUCAUGCUCCAUUCUCCAUCCCCCAUCCGCCACGCUUUCUACGAAACGUUCCUCCACCUCCACAUUGCCAUUGCCGCUGUCUCCUUCGGCUUCUUGUGGGUACACCUAGAUGGCAUGGUCGCCCAGAACUAUCUGCUCGCCACCAUCAUACUCUGGGCCUUGGAGCGCGCCACUCGUCUCUUCAUCAUUGUGUACCGCAACUUCGGCCGUGAGUCUACCACUGCGACGGUUGAGGCCAUGCCUGGGGAUUGCAUGCGGAUCAGUCUCCGCAUGGCCCGGCCCUGGACCUUCAAGCCUGGUCAGCAUAUCUACCUCUACAUCCCGGCCGUUGGCUGGUGGACCUCGCACCCUUUCUCCGUCGGCUGGAGCGAGGUUGCGGAGACUAUGUCGGAUGAGAAAUCCCUCCCAAUGGUACGACAAGACCUCCUGGGCGCCCCGCAAAAGACGACUCUCUCCCUGCUCGUCCGCCGCCGCACCGGCAUGACCGACAAACUCUUCCAGCGCGCCUCAAACGCCAUCGGCUCGCGUGUGACCCUGCGCGCCUACGCCGAAGGUCCCUACGGCAACAUCCACUCUAUGGACUCCUACGGCACAGUGAUGCUCUUCGCCGGCGGUGUCGGUAUUACGCACCACGUCCCCUUCGUCCGGCACCUGGUCGCCGGUUUCGCCGAUGGCACUGUCGCGACCCGCCGCCUGACGCUCGUCUGGAUCAUCCAGUCCCCAGAGCACCUGGAGUGGAUCCGGCCCUGGAUGACCAGCAUUCUGGCCAUGGACCGCCGCCGUGAAGUGCUGCGCAUCAUGCUCUUCGUGACGCGGCCCCGCAACACCAAGGAGAUCCAGAGCCCCUCGGCCACGGUGCAGAUGUUCCCCGGCCGACCCAAUAUCGACACUCUUGUUGGCAUGGAGGCUGAGAAUCAGAUUGGUGCUAUGGGUGUGUUGGUCUGCGGCAAUGGCGGCUUGAGCGAUGAUGUACGCAAGGUGUGCCGCAAGAGACAGGCGGACUCCAAUAUCGACUACGUCGAGGAGAGUUUCUCGUGGUAA